AUGACUCUGAACACCGGGCCGGGCUAUGGCAGUCUGUCCGCCCCGUACUUCUCCAACAGUGUCUCUGGUGCGGAGCACAGCACUGAGGCCGCGCCGCUGCUCAUCCCCGAGCAGGAGGAGGGAGAGCGGGCAGGAUGGCGGCCUCUGACCCGGGAGCAGCUGGAGGAGGCGGCGGGGGGCCCGGGCUGGAGGAAGUUUCGCUUUUACCUGGUGCUGCUUUUCUGGUUCACCUGGAUGGCCCUUCUCGGCACAGCCGUCGCCAUCCUCAUAAUGGCCCCGAAGCCCGUGGCGCAGCCGCUGAAGUGGUGGCAGAAGUCUCUGUUCUACCAACUCCAGCCACAGCUACAGAUGGAGGCUGCGCUGGAGGGCUCUGGGAAGACCAGUGCCUUGCAUGAGAAGCUGUCUUACCUCCGGUCUCUGGGAGUGGGAGCACUGAUCUUGGAGGGGCUGUUUGGGACAGAGGUGAACAUCACAGCCAUCGUCAAAGGCUCUACAACAUUUCCUAUGAUUCAAUACCUCAUCCAGGAGGGCAACAAAGCAGAUCUAAAGGUUGUAAUUGACUUUUGUGAUGUGGACCUGGUGGAAGCUCAGACUGAAGGAAAGGGCACGGACAACUCCAACCCCUUGGCCAAAGUGAAGGAUGCACUUUGGUUCUGGCUGGCUCAGGGAGUAGCAGGGUUUACCAUCUGUGACACUGACGACGCAUAUUCUGAGAAGACUCUAGAAGAAUGGAGAGUUAUUCUCAAAGAAUUUAAUGCAGGGGUUGAAAGCAUAAUUUUAGUCAAACAAAGAAGAGAUACCUUGAUUCCCCUAAAAUCCUCAAACGUGAACACUUCACUGGUAGAUGUGGUCAUUAAAUCCAUCCUGCCCGUGUUGCCACACAUUCUGUCUGGGCAGGAAGUCUCAAGUGCCAUCGAGACACAUCUGUACAGAGCAGAGAGCAGUGGCAUAUGGAACAGCUGGAUGGUUGGUGGUAGAGCAUCAGAUGAGUUAAAGAACCUUCUGCUGGUACUGCUGAUGACACUGCCCGGGUCACCUGCUGUGGAGGACGAUUCAGAUGUUGACCAAACAAAGAACAUUGCUCUGAGCUUGGCUGUGGUCAGAAAGAACAGUGAUGCUGAUUCAGAUUCCCUAGAGAAACAGAAGUCUCGGCGUGUCGCUCAGGCCUUGUUCAGCUCUCUCAGUCAGUCCAGGGCCCGAGAGGAGGCCCUUCUGUACGGCUCCUUCAGCUUCCUCCCCUUCCCCAGCUCAAACUCCACCUUCUCCCCUCGGCCUUCUGCCCUGGCUUUCCUGCGCUCGUGGGGGUGUGUCCACUUCCUCAUUCUGCUCAAUAUCGGAGUUGAGCCCCACACCCUGGACCCUGUGUGGUUCCCCAGUCUCCCAGAGGCCGGCGUGUUUGUGGCCAGUACCGGGAUGGACCGCUUGGGGGCGACAUCUCUGAACAACUUAGUGCUACAGCCAUAUGAGGCCAUUGUUAUAAAACUGUUUGAGGCUGGAGCGUAUUCAUAA